AUGUCAUCUUCAACCUUUAGCGGCGAUGAAACGGCGCCGUUCUUCGGCUUCCUCGGCGCUGCUGCAGCCCUCGUCUUCUCAUGUAUGGGAGCUGCCUAUGGAACGGCAAAGAGUGGUGUUGGUGUGGCAUCUAUGGGGGUGAUGAGGCCUGAGCUGGUGAUGAAGUCCAUUGUUCCUGUUGUUAUGGCUGGAGUUUUGGGUAUUUAUGGCCUUAUUAUUGCUGUUAUCAUUAGUACUGGAAUUAACCCUAAGGCCAAGUCAUACUAUCUUUUUGAUGGUUAUGCACAUCUCUCUUCUGGUCUUGCUUGUGGUCUCGCUGGGCUAUCUGCUGGAAUGGCAAUUGGUAUAGUUGGUGAUGCUGGUGUAAGAGCUAAUGCACAGCAGCCAAAACUCUUUGUUGGGAUGAUCCUCAUUCUCAUCUUUGCUGAAGCACUGGCCCUCUAUGGCCUCAUUGUUGGCAUCAUCUUGUCUUCCCGAUCAGGCCAAUCCAGAGCAGACUAG